CUGAAAAGCACUAAAUCGUUAUUUGCUAUCCACCAGAAUAGCGUAAAAAUAUGGGCUAAAAAAUGCCUUCAGUGAAAAGUGAUCAGUGCAUUAAAGUACCAAACCAAUUAGGAAGUAGACAGUCACUGAGAAGCGCCUAUCACUUGACAGUACCGACAAAAGAAACCCUACUUUCUUCAAGGAUAAAUCUAUUUGUAGAAGCAGCUAAACCGAAAAUCCCCGAUGGAGGUUGGGGCUGGAUAAUAGUACUCAGUAGCCUCUUCAUCAAUUUAGUCUCCGACGGUGUAGGUAGUACUUUUGGAAUACUAAACAUUGAAUUCCUUAAUGAAUUCAAAGCAUCUAAUUCAGCGACGUCAUUUAUUGGCAGCCUCUUUUUGUCGGUACCACUCUUGGCUGGCCCUUUAGGCAGUGCUAUGGUAGACAGAUAUGGUUGUAGAUCCAUGACAAUACUGGGCAGUAUAGUUUGCACCAUAGGCUUUGUGAUGAGUUCUUAUGUCAAAAACAUUUGGCUGAUGUACUUAACUUUCGGAUUUAUCGGAGGCAUUGGGUUUUGCUUGUGUUUUGUCACGGCAGUAGUUUCGAUAGCUUUUUGGUUCGAAAAGCACAGGACAUUGGCUUUGAGUAUAGCUGCAAGUGGUACUGGUUUUGGUACAGUUAUUUAUUCACCGUUGAUCACUUAUUUGGUUAAGAAUUACGGUUGGAGAGGCUCAAUGCUGAUAAUGGCAGGAUUGUGUGCCAAUAUGUGCGUUAGUGGGGUUUUAAUGAAGGAUCCUUUUUGGAUUAAACAACAAAGGAAAUCUUGUGAGGAAAAAGAAAAGAAUCAACGGCCAAUUGUGUCGAAGAAAAAGUUUGAAAUUGACGAUGUGGAAGCGACAAUAUCUUUACCAAAAAAAGACUCAAGAUACAGCACUUCUUUAAUAGAGCUUCCAACUUUUCUACACGAGCAUGAACAAGUGCCUUUAGAAGUUUUAAAAAAACUAAGUGAGAACAAAAAGCUAUACAAUAUUAUCCUAGAAAACUUCCCUAAAAUUCUAUCGUGUAAAAGCGCUUCAGAAACGAUUUUUAUUUCGGACAUGAGCUUGCACGAUAUCGAGCCUCAGAAAAUUCGAGCUCCAGUCAAAGUUUGCAUGAAAUUACAUGAAGCAGAUUCUGAACAUGAUCCCGACAAAGACGUCACAAAACGAACACCACUGAUUCGCAGUGACUCGACCAAAUCCAGAAAUCAACACCACAACUAUUUACAAAACAUCCGUUUCCGGAAAAACUCUAUGGGUUACCGAGGUGCCAUGUUAAAUUUGCAUAAGUACAAAUUAACCACCUCUAGUUGCCCAGAUUUUUUCAAAAACUCCACUUUGUUAGAACAGCACGACGAAGAAGAAGAAGAAUGGUAUGACGAUUACGUAGAAGUUCUAAGAGACAUUACGAAUUUGUCUUUAUUCAACGAGCUGCAUUUUUUUUUGUUAAGCAUUUCGACGGUCGUUAUGUGCAUUUGGUUUGUGGUGCCGUACUUUUACUUGCCAGUGCACAUGACUUCUUGCGGCUACACAGAAAACCAAGCCUCGUUUGCUCUAUCUUUGAUCGGCCUUACCAACAUCAUAGGAAUGAUAAUCUUCGGUAUAAUUGGUGAUAAAUUGGACGUUAUCAAAAUGUAUUCGAUAAGCUUGGUGUGCUGUGGUUUCACUUGCACUGCCAUGAUGUUCUUUACCUACCAAUACCCAAUGCUGUUAGUUUCUUGUGGCUUAUUUGGAUUGUCUUUUGCCAGCGUUAAUGCACUGACGCCUCCGAUAUUGGCGGAUUUAGUACCGCUGGACAAUUUCACAAUGGCGUACGGAUUGAGCUUGUUGUGUCAGGGGAUCGGAAAUUUGGCUGGACCACCUUUAGCAGGAUUACUCUUUGACAUUACGCAUUCUUAUGAGCAAUCGUUUUACCAUGCUGGUUUUUGGGUGAUUGCGUCCGGAUUAUUGGUAGGGCUUAUACCAUAUACGAAAAAUAGGAAAAUUAUUGGAAAUGGGACUUUAGUGAACGAUAGCAAGUGUUAAAUUUUUUGUAGAUGGUACUCUGGUACUGAUUUUUUUUUAAGUUUCUGAACAGUUUUUCCAGAAACGUUGAAAAAGUGGCGAACAGAAGAAGUUUUAUAUCGUUAACGUAAAAUGUAUUUGUUUUCAAUAAAAUUAUCUGCAUGGAUAAUUGUUUCAUUUCCAUGUUUAAUUGUGAAUUAUUUAUCUGUUUAAUACUAAUAGUACCUAUAAUGAAUUGUAGCAUGAACCAGAUUGUUUCAGUAAUGCUUCAGUGAAAUUUUAAUUUUCAUCACAUUUUCCAAAAGUAGAAAAAUAAUUUGAAAAAAUGUCCAUUUCAGCAAAUAGCCAAAUGCUUAAAGGAUUUAUUUAUUUCAAUAGGUAUAUCUAAUAAUCUUAUGAAUCAUCAUGAUGAAUGUAUGCAGUAUCAAAAAAGCCCAGGAA